CGGGUGGCGAACCUGUCUGCCGCUACUGCCAUAAAAGAGAAGACACUACAGCCGCCGCACUACUUUUUACUUCGUAUCCACCCAUGACAUCCCCACAACAAGUUCGUAGCAUUGCUGGAGGCAUCGCCAUCACUGGAGCAGUGGGAGUGGCAAUCUUUCAAGCUCUAUUGGCGCUGGGUCUCCCAUUGGGAAAGGCCGCUUGGGGAGGCUCUUCGGCAGAGCUGUCCGUGACGCUGAGGAUCAGCAGUGCCAUUGCCGUGGGGGUAUGGUUGGCAAUUGCAUCGGUGUUUGCGACACGAGCGGGAUUUUUGAGGCCAGCAUGGAUGUCCAUGGGGGGUGCCGUUUGUACCACAUGGGCUGUAUUCGGACUCCUCUGUGUCGGUUGCCUGCUCAACUGGGCAUCGCGCAGUCCCACAGAGCGAAACAUUUGGGGACCCAUCACGACAAUACUGGUGAUAUCCACAUUUCUCUUGGCGAGGAGUGAACGACCGGAUGCACAAGAAGAAGUACCUCUGAUGAUUGCAGUGCCAGAAUCGGAACGAAGCAAAAGCAUGAUUUCUAGAUUAUCUGGGUACAGCAUUGGCUAGUAAGGGAACUGAUACAGGUAUACAGGGAGAAAAGGAUGAAGGUUUUCCUUGUAGCUAGCUAGGACCAAGUCUUUGCAACUGAUUCCUUGCAGCAUCGAGUCUCAACCAUUUUUAUGGGGAUGGAUUGACUCACUUGUUGUGUGGGAACAAGCAUUGCUUGCAUCACAUGGAUCUUCAGCGACUGAGUGACUGUCACUCGUUUCGCAUUGCAUUCUGAGGACUGUACAGGUUGGUUGUGUGCUCUGCAUGGCUGAGUCAACCCUUCCUUUUACGCCAAAAGGGUUCAAUUUCAAGAAGACACCUUUUAAAACUUUGUUAUCAAAUAAAUAUUGAGCAACAAUCAAUUACACCACCACCGAACAUAAAAAUGCAACAAUAGAUAGAGCCAUUUCGGGCAAAUGUAUUUGAAUUCACUGCAGCUGCUGUUUCCGUUCUUCAUAACUUGUACACCACACACAUCAUUUUCCUCGUCAGGCAUUCCAGCCACGAGCCAGAGACGAUCCAAUCAGUUUCUGUUGCUCGUGAACCUCCUUCCUUCAGUUUUAGUUAGAUUUAGUCAUCCAAAUCGUAGGUAAACUCACUGUCAUCCAAUAAGUCAGUGGUAUCGCUGCUCUUGCUCUUGGAUCCCUUGAACGCAUGUCGGAUUUUCUUGGGCAAUAUUUUCUUGAGUUUGCGACUCUUUUUGUUGGUUCGUUCCGAGUCAUCGGCCAUGCUUUGUUGCGAUAGGUCACUCAUGAUACUGGAAGAGGAACUGUCCAUGGAUGCCAUGGGGUUCAGGUUGUUGUUGUUGUUGCCGCCAUUCAGAUAUGGAUUGUUGGGGCUCUUGAAAAAGUCUUCCUCUUCACUUUCAUCGUCAUCAUCAUUGCUGGCACCGUACAGGAAAUUGUUGGGACUGCGCGAAUCGACGGCAUUGACCCAUGCCUGAGCUGCCGACGUUGUUGACAUUGUUGGGGACGUCGAGAAGCACGUCGAUCCCGUCCCAAUGUCCGACUGGCAAGAGACGACUUGGGAAUGUCUUCUUCGGUUCGGGCACGCCGGAGACCUGGCAUGGGAAGGGCGGUUUCGAACGAUUGCUCGUCUUCCAAAAUGACACUGGGCGUUUCAGUAUUGUCGUCGCCACGACGACGCUGAUGAUUAUCCACUCCAUCGACGGUACGCGUACGGCGAAAUCCGGGACGUUGCGCGUCUCGCCGCGAUCGCGCUCGAUGAUUGGGCUCGGAAUAAUCGUUCAUGCCACCAGAUUUCACAACAUCGUGCGAAUUGUCACUGUGGUCCAUGCCGCGGCGAGUAGUAGUUCCAGACGAGGGAAUUCUGCGUGGUGAAUUAGUAGUAUCUUCUUGCGCUUCCUUGCGACGUCGACGGCGUUCCACCACGGAUUCGUCCAGGCCAGCAUUGCCGCUGUUCGAUCCAGAGUCUUUUCCUCCUCUCGUGGCCGUGCGACGGCGUUCAUCUUUUUCUGCCAAUCGCUGUUCCAGGACCGCGCGGCGAGCAUUGUUAUUUCGAGUAGGAGAUCGGUUUCGAUUUUCGUCGUCACUGCGCGUUCGUUCGGGGCGACCAAAAUCCCCCACGGAACUGGCACUCCUGGUUCGUUCUACCGUGCGACGCUGUCCUCCAUCGCUGGGAGUGCGUCGCGCCGAUCGAGUUCGCUCGGGAACUCGUCGACGAGGAGUGGAUUCUUUGCUGCGUCGAUGAGACCUUUCUCCUCCUUCUGUUGUAGUAUUGUCAUUAUUGCUGUCUUCGGUGUCGCGAGACGAUGUACGAGGUGGGGGUGGUUUGCUGUUGCCUCGUCUUCGAUGAUGAUGGUCUUUACUACUACUCUCUCUCGGAGGAGCAGGAGCAGAAGAAUCAUGAGAAUUUUCUCGUGAACCUCCUUCUCGAGGACGUCUUCUUCGACGACGCUCGCCAUUGGACAAGCCAGAAUCAUCCAUAUUGGAUCGGUUCAUGACGUCACCCUCCACGCUGCCAUGGGAAUCGUCUUUGAUGGAUUUUGUGCCAUGCGACAAAUUGGAUCCGUCGGCCAUGGCUUCCGAUCGGUCCUUCAUGGCUCUAACACGUGUUUUUUGAUCGCGACUUUUUUCUUUGCGGUUCGAUGAGCGUCUCUCACCGCUCUUCCUGCUUUGCUCGCCAUUAUUGGCGUCACUGCUGCUCUUUCCUUCGCGGGAAGAACGAUGCUUGCGGCGUUCCUCGUCUCCCUUGUGCCGUUUGCGAGUUUCAUCAUCAACAGCAGCGUCACCCAGUGGACUGGGUGGUGCUUCGUUCAUAACGACGGGAGAUUCUUGACGGUGAAUGGUGGAAAAUCAAAAAAGAGGUUCUCGUAGAAGAACCCAACAGUCAAAUCCGAAAAAAAGUAAAAGAAAGGCGCAAAAACAGCGGCCAGGGGCAACAGAAAAUGUCAAUCGCUCGAGCUCUCUACUAGCUAGCUAGAUUCAAUGGAUAAGCUCAAACUUGGCUGGUCGUAGAGAGGCGUUCAGUAUCUUGGUGGUUACGAGUGUACUCUCUUGCUUCCGAUGGUUGAGUGUUUGAUGUUGUUGUGUUUGUGUUGUGCCGAAGUCAGAGUCCAGCAUGCAAGCUUGCUUUGUUCUUCUUUCUCGUUGUGGGUGAUGUGGUUGUGGGUGAUGAUCCCAUGCAGUCAUCGGAAAUCUCGGCAACUCGCCACUUCUUGGGGAAGGAAGCUGCGCCCCUCUUCGUUCUUGUGAUGCCAAGAGCACGAGACUUAAGAGCUCUGAUGAUCCAGUCAUAGAAGGACAUCUUUAUGCUGUUCAGAGAGGAAGAGAGAUUUACUGUACUAAAAGG